AUGGGGUGCUGGUGUUUAGCUUUUAGACCGGCGUAUCUGAUGCGUCUAUGGGAGUGCGUAGCACUAAGCCUUCACUGCUGGAUCCUUGCCUGCGCGGCGGGCUCCGGUGAUGCCGCUGGGCCCCUCGGAUGGCUCCUUUCAGACAAAGGGCCCUUUCACCAGUCGCAGGAAUUCACAGAUUUUGUGGAGCGCCACCAACAGGGCUUCACCACCAAGUAUCGGAUUUACAGGGAGUUUGGACGCUGGAGAGUGAACAGUUUGGUUCUGGAGAGGCAGGAAAGUCAUGGCUUGGCAUUGCCCUUGGAUCCGGAGUUUAUGCAGACCAUCAGACAGCUUGGCCGACGCCCAACCCUCAGCGCCAUCACAGAAAACAUCAUUCGCAAAUACGGCACACACUUUCUGCUCUCCGGAACACUGGGAGGUGAGGAAGCACUGACUAUCUUUGUGGACAAGAGGAGGCUGAGCAAGACGACCGACGCGACUGACUCCAACGGCACGGCGGUGACUCUGGAGGCCCUGCACCAGUUGGCCGCCUCUUACUUCAUCGACCGGGAGAGCACACUGCGCAAACUGCACCACCUCCAGAUCGCCUCCAACGCCAUUAAGGUGACCGAAACAAGGACAGGCCCGCUCGGAUGCAGUAACUAUGACAACCUCGAUUCAGUCAGUUCUGUUCUGGUUCAGAGUCCGGAAAACAAGAUUCAUUUGCAAGGCCUACAGACGAUCCUGCCGGAGUACCUGCGUGACCGCUUCGUUCAGGCCGCCCUUGCCUACGUCGGAUGUCACUCGGAGGGUCGCUUCGUUUGCCGGGGCAAUGACUGCUGGUGUCAGUGCAGUACGGACUUCCCUCAGUGUAACUGCCCACAGCAGGACCUGCAGGCCUUGGACGACAGCCUGAGAAACAUCCGUGAGUCCUGGACCCAGGCCAAUCAGGAGUUUGAGGAUUCAGAGGAGUUUCAGAACUUUGUAAGAAAGCUGCCCAAUUUCUACAGCCUCAACACGACUACCGUCCAGUAUUUCUGGAAGUUAGACCCAGGAGUCCACCAACGUUUUCAGCAGCUGAAGAUCAGCACUGGACAGCUCCUCGGCAAAGCGCAGAGGAUCGUCAGGAAGCUGUUUGCUCUCAGUAAGAGGUGUCGAACGCAGCCCAAAAUAGCUGUGCCCAGAGAGAGGCCUCUCAGUUACUGGCUCAAUUACAUCCUCUCCAACAUGUACUGUAGCGAGAGCAACCAGAUUGGGUCUUAUGUAGAGGAGACGCGAAGCUGCUCUUGUCCAUACAAGCACCCGACAUGCCAGGGCGUCAUCCCUUGCGUGGUGGGUGAUGGUCCAUUCUGCGCCUCUUGUUCCUACGACAACCGCUCGCGCUGCGCCAGCUGCAACCCAGGCUACAUGCUAAGCCAAGGAACCUGUAGGAACACCGUUCCCGAUUCCACGGACAACUACAUCGGCUUCGAGACGGAUCUGCAGGACCUGGAGCUGCGGUACCUCCUCCAAAAACAGGAUACUCGCAUCGGGAUCCACGCCAUGUUCAUCAGCAACGACGUGAGGCUAAACAACUGGUUCGACCCUUCCUGGAGGAAGAGGAUGCUCCUCACACUGAAGAGCAACAAAUACAAGUCCAACCAUGUCCACAUGCUCCUAGGGGUCUCCCUUCAGAUCUGCCUUACCAAGAACAGCACCCUAGAGCCCCUGCUCUCUGUCUAUAUUAACCCAUUCGGUGGUAGCCAUUCAGAGAGCUGGAUCAUGCCGAUAGACCAAAACAAUUACCCCGACUGGGAAAGGACCAAGUUAGAUAUCCCUCUUGACUGUUAUAACUGGACCCUGACACUGGGCAACAAAUGGAAAACCUUUUUUGAGACUGUUCAUAUUUACCUGAGGAGUCGCGUCAAGGUUCCCUCAGGUCAGGGGAACGGCACCGUCUACUUUGAGCCUCUGGAGUACAUGGAUUCUUCUAGAAACCUGGGCUACAUGAAGAUUAACAGUAUGCAGGUCUUUGGUUACAGUAUGCACUUUGAUCCCGAGGCGAUCCAAGACUUGAUCCUGCAGCUGGACUACCCGUACACUCAGGGCUCGCAGGAUUCGGCCCUUCUGCAGCUGCUGGAGAUCCGAGACCGGGUUAACCGUCUCUCCCCGCCCGGCCAGCAGCCGCUGGACUUCUUCUCUUGCCUGCUGCGGCACAGACUCAAACUCACCGCGGCAGACGUGGUGAGGAUCCAGACCGCACUGCAGACCUUCAGUGCCAAGCAGCCAAAUCCUAUGGAGUAUGAAACAACCAAAUUGUGUAGUUAA